AUGUUUUUAGCAAACGCUUGUUAUUAUUUUAAACCUUUGCUUGGUAUGGGCGAUUUUAUAUUCCGUAUGGCCCGCCCAUUGUUCGACGGUUUCGAUAAUGUAAGCAAAGCAACGGUGCAUAUUUUUAAUUGCCAAUUAAUAAAUUUCGUAAAUUUUGGUUAUUUUACUGUUUUUAAUCCCAUGCCAAAAGGCCAAAAUUGUUUAAUAAAAUGUUUAAAAACCGUUAUAAAUUUUUUUUAUCCAUUAAACCUGUAUUUUAAAGCGGUAAUGGCGUUAUUUUGUUGCUGUAAUUGUUUAAAAUUGCUAUUAAUUUUUUUGCUAAAGUUAUUGCAACGCUUUUUAAUUUCGUUAAAAGGCGUUGUAUUUUUAAAGGUGGCUUUUAUUGCGUUUUUCCGUAUAAUGUUAAUUUGCGAAGCAAAAUUGUUAAAUGCUUAA